UGGGGAAUUAAAUAUAAACUGAGUAUUAUGAUGUAUUAAACGAGAAAUAAAACUCUGUGAUCUAUGGAGAUUAAAUCACAGUAAGUUUUUUCUGUAUCUUUACCAAUCAAAGGGCACACCACAAUCUUUGAGAAGUGUUUUAAAAAGUUUCUCCAUGCCCCUUAUCAGAUCCAAAUUCAACCUGUGGUAUGUUAUUCCACUCAUUGGUCUAGUGGUGUGGUGGGGAAUGUUAAUUGCACUUAUAUCCUGCUGGAUACUACAAGGCCGCCCAAUCGACCCUAUGGUCGCUAUCGAUAAUCCACUUGACACACUGAACCCAGUCUUUGUAUCUGACGUGGGUGCUACCAACCUUCAACCCUUAUUUAUCUCAUGUACAGGCUUCCAGGCAAUCUUCUUUGCAGGCACUCCCAUCUUAGAACAUUAUCUCCGGUCAUCAUAUGAACUUCAACCUUAUAUUUCUACUAAGCAACCAUGGAUUGUAAUCUCCUCGAUCGUCUGUGCGGUCAUUGGUCAACUCGGAAUCGUGUUCGCUUCUAUCUUUAACACAAACUCGUUCCACACCGUUCAUAUGUCAAUGUUGUGUAUCUUUAUCGUCUUUAUCAUUUUUUCCUGUAUAUUUUCCUGUUUCAAUUCGUAUAUUUUCGGUUGGAAUAUCAGUCCAGAUAAUGAAGAUGUGAUUUCACGUCCACACCGGCGGCAAGUUCUUUACAAGAUAUCAUAUUGUUGUAAGUGCAUUUGGCUCUUGGGGGCGAUUUCCUGUGGAAUUGGAUAUGGAGUCUAUUUGUAUAUAUAUAUUGUGGAUUUGUCUGCUCGGUUUGAAUGGAUUCUUUUCUUUUGGUAUGGUCUUUUGCCCUUGAUAUGGGCAGUUGAUUUAUUCGCAUCCGCAAUGAAACAAGAAAACUCAUCAGAAAAAGAUCCAUUUGCAACAUCCUUGGAACUUAAUCAUUCAACAGGCAAUGAUCAGGAAGCCAUUCUGGAAUGUGGGUCUUUCCGAAGAUCCCCAUAAAAUGUUCCUACCUCAAAAGGGGUAACCAAUUAAUUUAUUCAUAAACCAGUGCCAGAAUUCAAU